UAUUCUGAAUCGUAAUAAAUAAAUAAUAAUAAUUAAUAAUCGAAAUGGCAAUUAAUACGGAAUAAUCGUACAUAGUAUUAUACACUUAAAAGCUCACGACUCACGAGUAGUCGAUUGUUUUAUAUUAUUUAUUAUUGUUAAAUUAUCAGAGAGGAUUUGGAUUGUCGUUGCAAUGUCUCGCGCCUAUGCGGUUUGCAGCUUUGGUCAGUGACGAACUCACCCACCCGAGUGGUAGAGUUGGUAUACGAGUCGAGUUGGUAUAUAGUCGCUAUAAUAGUUGCCUUGUGUCUUGGAGUUUUGCGCACAUUAAGCAAACCAUGGCCAUGUAAAUAUGGCUGAAAUCACCAUACCUAAGUACGGGCUGGUGCACGAUGUCAAGCCGCACUAUGUGUACACAAUCAAGGUGCUGUCAGCGGGCAUCCAGGAGUGCGUGGAAAAACGGUAUAGUGCUUUUCACGCGUUCCACAGAGAGCUGAGGAAAUCUAUAUCCACACCGCCAUUUCCGUCAAAACGUAUACGAUGCUCACAGCCAAAAGUUCUCGAACAAAGAAGAGCUGGUUUGGAGAGAUAUUUACAAACAGUUUUCAAAAUCGAAGGUGGAUAUAAACAGGUCAUGGAAUUCCUCGGGCUAGAGUAUCAGCCAAGCCAUAAAAUAGAUGUCAAGUAUCAGCGUCCGGUAUUUCAUAUGAUCAGUGAACACAUCCCAUCGCGAAACCGACAUGAAAAACGUUUAUGUUUACCAGACAUAAUCACAGAUGGUGUCCUUAAAGCUCUGUAUGGUUAGUAUUAAACUCCUGAGAAAUAGUGAUAUAUUUAGGUGCACUUUUUGUACCUAGAUUUUUUUAUUAUUAUUUAUAUAGUAUACACAUUUAAAAUCAAAUUUAUUUUUAGUAUUUUUAUUAUAUUUUACUCAUGUAACAUUGUUUAUUUUAGAAAAAAGAUGACCAUAAUAAUUAUUAUUUUAAUAAAAUACAUAAUAUACAAAUAAUAAAUAUAUUAUACUAUAA